AUGACGCCGAUUCCAUCAGAGCGACGUGAUCAAGAGGAGGAAUUGCCUGGAUAUACAAAGGACGAACAAGUCAUUAUAGACGGCACGCAAGAACGGACACCAGUCAACGAAGCUAUAGAGGAGAGAAAAGUCGAUGUGCCUCCCAACGGUGGCUAUGGCUGGGUAUGCAUAGCAGCCGUCGCAAUCAUCAACGCCCAUACAUGGGGCCUAAAUUCAGCCUACGCAGUCUUCCUCGCCUACUAUCUAUCCAACAACGUCUUCCCAGGCGCCACACCCCUUCAAUACGCCUUCGUCGGCGGCCUGUCUAUCUCGCAAGCACUCAUCAUCGCCCCCAUCGCUACACUAACUACCCGCCAUUUCAGCACACGUACGACCCUCCUCAUCGGCGUGGCUUUGGAGACGUCCUCGUUCAUCGGCGCGAGCUUCGCUUCCCAAACCUGGCAUCUGUUUCUCAGUCAAGGAAUCUGUUUCGGCUGGGGCAUGGGCUUCCUAUUUGUAGGCUCAGUAGGCAUACCCGCGCAGUGGUUCUCAACGCGUCGCUCCCUUGCAACCGGGUGCUGUACUGCUGGCUCUGGGCUCGGCGGCCUCGUGUACUCGCUCUCUGCACAGGCUAUGAUACGCAAUAUUGGCCUGCCCUGGGCGUUUCGCACACUGGCUGUUAUUGCGUUUGUGGCGAAUACGGCGAGUGCACUGCUUAUCCGCGACCGCAACAAACAGAUUGGGAGCAACCAGCUUGGGUUUGACUAUAGGCUUUUCAGGAAAGUCGAGUUUCUGGGUCUACUGAUGUUUGGGUUCUUGUCUAUGCUGGGAUAUGUGGUUUUGCUGUUUUCGCUGCCGAAUUAUGCAAGGACGAUUGGGCUUUCGAGUCAGCAGGGCUCGGUCAUUGGCGCUGUGUUCAACCUGGGUCAAGCGCUUGGUCGGCCGCCGAUUGGAUAUUUCUCUGAUUCCAUUGGGAGACUGAAUAUGGCGAGUAGCAUGACGUUUCUCGUCGGCCUUUUCUGUCUAGUCAUCUGGAUGUUUGCAAAGACGUUUGGGGUGCUGGUGUUUUUUAGUUUGGUGGGUGGGACGGUUGCGGGUACAUUCUGGGCGACAGCUGCACCGGUGACGACGGAGGUCAUGGGACUGAGAGAUUUGCCGAGCGCGUUGAGUAUUACUUGGCUGGUGCUUGUGCUGCCUACUACUUUCUCGGAACCCAUUGGUCUAGAGAUUGUGGCUUUCAACGGUGGAAGCUAUACUGGUGCUAUAUUGUUCACGGGAUGGAUGUACAUUGGUGCAGCGGUAGUCUUGUGGCUGGUAAGGGCGUGGAAGAUUGGGGAAGAUGAGAGGAUGGAUGAUGUUGCGGCCAGGAAAGGGAGAGAAAAUGGUGUUGGAGCUGGCACUGACAAUGACAAGGGAAAGUUGGAAAGGAGUGGCUUUCUGAAGAGGAUGUUUGUGAUUCGCAAGGUUUGAGAGGCCGCGAGACAUGUCACAUGACGUCAUAUUGCAUUAGUGGCGCAUAAAAGGUGCUGUUAUGAUU